CCCCCCUCUUCCGCCAUUCUCCUUCGGGUUAUGUAACGGCGCUGCGCGUUCUCGCAGGCCGCGGCCCAAUGAGGAUGCGGCUGAGGGGGGGAGGGGGAAGCGCCGCGUGCGCGCGCACGCAGGCCGAGGCGCGGCCCCGCGGCUGUGCGUGCGCGCUCACUCGCCCCCUCCCCCCCAGUCUUUCUGCUUCGGCCGGCCGCGAUCGCCCUUUGCAUCUUUCUUCUCUCCCCGCCGCGACCGUGAGGUGUUCGGAGCGGACCCCAUUCGCCGACUGCCAUGGCCGAUGAGAAGCCCAAGGAAGGAGUGAAGACUGAAAAUAAUGACCACAUUAAUCUGAAGGUUGCAGGGCAGGAUGGAUCUGUGGUGCAGUUUAAGAUUAAAAGGCAUACACCACUUAGCAAACUAAUGAAAGCUUACUGCGAACGACAGGGUUUGUCAAUGAGGCAGAUAAGAUUCCGGUUUGAUGGGCAGCCGAUCAAUGAAACAGACACGCCUGCACAGUUGGAAAUGGAGGACGAAGAUACAAUUGACGUGUUCCAGCAGCAGACAGGAGGAGUCUACUAAAAGAGAACCAAACUUCCUUUCCCACAGACAACACAUUCACAAUUAGAAAAACGAGACUUGGUUCAGCCACAUCCUGACUACUGCAGUAUAGCUUUUUCUCUUCUUUGAUUUCUUUUCCUAUUCCUUCUAUUGUACAUAAAGUAAUUGGUGUAUGUGCACAGACAUACAUACUUUUUUAAACUAAAUGGCCAAUGGUAUGUUUUGAUCAACAUCGUAUGGAGAUGGGGUGGUAAAAACAAACUGGUCUGUGAAAAUGCCCCAUUUCUCCACUAGUGGCAUGCUCCUUUAACUUUUAUCUUUAUAUUCCAGUAAGUUAUUUUGCUCUCAUUGUUGGAAAAAGACAAAAAACCUUGCAUACCUUAUUUGAUUGGAUAAUUUCAAUGUUUUUCUUUUAUCGUUGUACAACCAAGGACGAUUUUAUAACUUUUUUGUAUGUAGCUGUUACAUGUAGAGCAAUCUGUCUUUUAAGUAGGGAUAAAUUACUCUAAACAAAAAUGAUCUUGGAUAGUUUUCCCUUCAAGUAAAGCGUCUUGUUGUUUAAAUAAACUUCUUGUUUAAAAUAA